GUCUUGGUCCCGUCGAUUGCCUGAUGCUCCACCGGCCACCGAAGCAGGAUCACCUCUUAGAGGAGGUUUGGGCGGUGCUCGAAGAGGAAGUACGAUCUGGUCGGGCACGCCUUCUGGGUGCCUCCAACAUCACCGCAACACAGCUGGAGGCCUUGACCCAAUCGAGCAGGAGUCAAGAGAUGUGGCCAGCCUUGGUCCAGCUGAAGUGUUCGCCCUUCCAUCAAGGUGGCUAUUUCGUGGACUCCUCUUCAAGCCUCACGGCUCUUUGGUCGCUUUUGCGAAAGAAGAGAGUGGUGCCGGUGGGGAUUUCCCUCUUCAAUCCGCUCCACUCCUGCAUCAGCCCGCUCCAGGAGCCCAUGGUUGCAGCCUGGGCAGAGGAGGUCGGUGCCUCUUCGGCCGAGCUGCUAGCACAUUGGUGUCGGCUGUCUGGUGUUUGCCCCAUGCUGCGCUGUGCCCCACACCAUGCUGCGGUGUUCCGGAGCGAGGUCCAGCUACGACCGGCCUUGGUGGCGGCCAUAUCAAGCCUCGCUAGCUUGACCGAGACGGCAUUUUGUCCUGCUCUUCGUGACGACUUGUCCCUGCGGAAGAGCCGAAAGCGCACUGCCCGACGUGGAGACGGCCUUUACGGACGGCUCGUAGAGGUGCACAGCCUUCAGUCGAAGGAGGGGCAACUCCUCAAUGGACUCCGCGGAAAGCUUGUCAGUUUCGAUGAGGAAUCCGGCCGCUGGCAAGUGGAGCUGGAGGUCGGUCUUCGUAAGAUUC